CUUUGUCUUUGUUUUUGGGAGCCCACUUCGGGCCCGGUCUGUCUUCAUGAAUCCUCCUUCUCCGAUGACCUGUCCGCAUAGCUAAUGCUCACUCCAUUCACUCACUCCAAGCCCCCCCUCUGGUCCACCCUCACCUGGCCCAUGGAGGUCACAAGUCACAUAAGAGAGAAUGUAUUCUUUGAACACAAACGCACUUCUUUCCCGUUUUCUCCGGUUGAGGUCAAAAUGACACAUUAAUUAGAACGUCUUAAUGAGUCAGAUAUUUGCUAUGCGUAGAACACACUUUGUCCCGCUGGGAUCCUUUGCAUCGCCCAGAUAUCGCUAAGGUGUUUUAGUGGACCAGACGCUUGGGAAUUCUGCAUUAAAUACGCUGACGAGCAACUUUUUAUGCUGACUGUGCUCUUUAGUCUUGAGAGUAGACUGACGAAGCCUCAGAUGAUGUGAAACGUCUUCUAAGACCAUCUGGACUGGCCGGGUGCGUUGAUCCCGUAUCCGAGGACACAAUGGCUUGGUUUAAUGUUUGGCACUGCGGGGUGACAGGGUGCACAUUCUGAGUGAAGACGGGAAGCUUCUUUAUUCUUGUACCCAACUCAUCGUGCAGACACACAGAGGACGUACUACCAGCUUUCAAAAUAAAAGCACACUGUGCAGUCUAACUGUGUAAACAAGAUUCUAUCUUCCAUACGCAGUUGGCAUUGCAUGGGUGACUACAUCUUCCUUCCAGCACAGGCUUUACAGAUGCUGUACAGAUGCUGACAUCCCAUUAGAAAAGUUUGCCAGAUUGUUACCAAUAAAUAAAUAUGCCUUACAAUUUGAGAAAGUGUAUUUCACGAUAUGGGUUGAGGUUUGUGGCUUUUAAUACAAGACUCUUAAUAUUGUUAUAUCAUAUCGUGAUACAGCCCAAAAAUAUUGUGAUAUACGCUAACGUCCAUAUCGCCCAACCCUGUUUUUGAAGAAUGAAUUCAAGUGCCAACAUGUUGCCUAUGAAAACUCUUCAAGGAAAAAAUUGCUGAGGUAUAAAUCGUGCCGGGGCAACGGUGCCAACAUUCCUGCGAACGCCAACGGUGAUCCAGCCCCACCUGGACAUGAAGCCCUUCCUUCAGUUCCCCAUGGAUACGCCCCCCCCACACAGCAUGAGCCUCUUCCACAACUUCAGCACAAUGGACCCGGUGCAGAAGGCUGUGAUCAACCACACCUUUGGAGUUCCACUGGUCAAGACCAAGCGGCCGGUCAUUUCCUGUAACGUCUGUCAGAUCCGUUUCAACUCCGAGAGUCAGGCAGAAGCCCAUUACAAAGGAAACCGCCAUGCCAGGAGAGUCAAAGGCAUUGAGACCUCCAAGAGUCGCUGUCAAGAUGGGGACAAGCCCUCACAGACCGUGACCCCCACCGCCUCGCCGUCUCCUCCCGGAGCCCUGGAACGUGGCGCUGAGAGCGAGCCCAGUAAACAAGAUGAAACACCGUCACUGCUAAAUGGGCCCCUGCUGGCCCCUAUGAGCACCCCCCCUACCCCACCCAUAGACCCCCCCGCGGCAUGCCCCCUCCUGCCUACGCCCACCCCUCCCAAUAGCUCCACUCCUUCCUCCUCAACGGGCUGCAACCCCCCCAACUCAGACCAACCCUCGGCCUCGGCGGCCAUCGCUAGCUCGGCCGGCCCGGAGACGGAGGAGGACAAAGCAAAGAAGCUGCUUUACUGCUCCUUGUGCAAAGUGGCUGUCAACUCCUUGUCACAGCUGGAAGCUCACAACAAAGGUACCAAACACAAAACCAUCUUGGAAGCACGAAGCGGGCUGGGCCCUAUCAAGGCUUAUCCACGUCUGGGCCCCAAGCUCAGUGGGGAGCAGGGAUGUGGGCUGUUGGAUCCAAACACUCAGGAAAGAACCUUCCACUGUGAGAUCUGCAAUGUGCGGGUCAAUUCUGAACUACAGCUCAAACAGCACAUAUCAAGUCGAAGGCACCGGGACGGCAUGGCAGGCAAGCCCAAUCCCCUCCUCAGCCGGCACAAGAAGCACCGGGGAGCUGAUCUGACGUCUUCUCUGACCUUCUCCAAGGAUCUCACCAAAGCUUUGGGGGCAGGACUUCUGCCCAGUCCCUUAGCUGUUGCCGCGGCAAUGGCCGCUGCCGCUUCCACGAACCCGCUGGCUCUCCGUGCGGCAGCUCCUGCGCCGCACCCGCACCCGCACCACCAUCUACUGCAAGGACCGACUCUCAGCCAUGCCAUCCUGAGACCCGCCCCCGGGCCCAUCCGCACCACCCACGGACCCAUCCUCUUUUCCCCUUACUGACAUGUCAUGGCUGGGAUCAGCAACCCAAAAGCACACUGUGAAGAUACAAACCUGAUCCACAGACGGCAACUGAUCCAAACUUGGGGGGUGGGGGGGGGUGGGGUGGGGGGCUGGGGGGGACAAUGUCUAGAAGUACAACUUUAAAGCUCUCGUAUUUCCCUUUACCUGAAACUCUUCCUUCAUUCAAAGACUAGUCAGAAGCCUGCAGAUGGAACGGGCAGAGAAUAGAUAAUCAUGAUCCACUGAACUCCUCGUACGUCCCGUCACUGUGGCCCCGCCCACCAUGAUGACGACAGAAACCACGCAUAUCUCGGCCAUCUUUGUUCUUCUGUCCCCAUAAAAAUAUGCACUUCCAAAAACAACAAUGACGUUUUGUGGCUAGAGUAGCUCUGUGCGCUCGUGUACUUAGUGCUGGUUGGAGGUCUUCUCCAACGUUGGUCAUAUCUGCUACCAAGCUAGUGGCCACGACCUGAGAAGGUGAGGUGAGAGUUAGAAGACGAGAGUCGUUGGAUGGCUCCACGUUGGUAAAGCAUACAGAAACACAGGAAUAGAUUGUAGAGGCAAAAACCUUUCAUCAGAGGACAUCAGGAGUAGUUUGGGAGCUCCAGUAGGACCAUCAGUGUUCACGUGAUGCUGGUUGACGUAGUAGAUGAUUUGUUGAUCUUGUAUACUGUAGAGCUAAUUGAUACCCAGCAUGAUUGGCUCGGAAGUAGAAAAUUAAACAAGUCUUAAGAGCAGCGAAUGUGGACCAUCUCAUCCGGUCAUUAGUCCAGUGCUUUUAACGAUAUGCUAUUUAUGGAAUUAAAUAGUAUGGAAUUAAUUCCAUAACUAUUGUACUAAGCAGACAGAUAUUGAUGCUAUAUUUUCAAGUUCCAUUUCUAUUUCCAAAAAUAUUUAUUUAUCCUCGCUGUGGUACAAUUUUAAAGGUUCCGCUUUGCCGGGUGAUGCACCUUGGGGAGAGUUCACAUCAGGCUUACACGAUCCUCGGUCCACCAUCAUUAAUCCACACCGUGGGUGGCGAGGUUCCAUCUUGUGUGAGCUUAUGGAACCAAGUUUGCGUCAAACUCGUGUCCUGGAGUCCUUUUCCAUUUUCUCGCUCCUCGCCUCACCUUCUUCUCAAGGUUCACAUCAAAAAGAGGACACAUAAUAUUGGAAGCUAGCGCUACAAAGAAAGUUGAUGGCCAAAAACAUGAAUGGAGCAGGGAUGGACUUGAACCCCAGCGUGGUCCCCUCAACACGUUCUAUUUCGAAACAAAAGCCAUAAAACACACCAGGACUUGUUUUCUUCCACAAAGACUGCUUUGGUUUGACUUUGGCAUGAAUCCACGCAGAGAGUGGUGGUCCGCACUGUGGACCACCUGCAGACUCAGGAGUCACGACGGAUGCCGCAACUGAGCUAUGGAGAUGUACACUGUGCCCGUUCAUGGGGAAGCAAAGAGCUCUAACGUCUUACCUUAUGUCUGAAUAUUGCAAUGCAAUGAGCAUUUUUGUAUUCUUAUCAUUGUGACAUUGUUAUAUGUUGUAUGGAAUUAUACGUUGGAGCCAGCAAACACACUUUUUGCUUUUUCCAUCCUUAGAAAGAGAUAAAGGUGGAUUUGUUUUCAGGGGUGGACCCUUCAUAUUAAAGGGCCUUUUAUUUACUUGGGUUAUCUCUGCUUGGGGAACAGGGUACAACGCCGGGCAUGGAGAGACACAUGUUGUAGGCUAGUUAGUUCCGAGGACCAUGAUCAAUGCCGUUACUGCAAGAGGAGGCUGGCCUUGCGUGUCCUUGUGUCCACCAUCGUGCUCUUUUUUUUUGCAAGUAAGGAAGUAUUCCAGGGUCCGUGCUCUCCUUCCUGUUGGUGUGUGUAACAUGUGUUCUAAUGUGUGUUGGUACCUGCUCACUCCCACGUCCGGUUCCAAAGUGGCCUAACACGGGGCUGGAGAAGCUAACCUUACAACAUCAUCUAGUGGACUGCAAUCUGUCAGGUAGUGGCGCCACAUUUGAAGCGCUCAUAAUGACUUCAUUAUCAUAAUUCACAAAUGGGAGGAAAUAUUCCAUUCUUAUUUUUGGCGCAGGUGUUUCAUGUUAGCUGUGUGUAGGCUACUAGCCUUAGCCUUAUUGUGCCCUCAAGUCUCUCCUGCGGCAGAGGGCGAGACAAGAGAGGCUAUGAUCUAACUUUGUCUUGCCAAUAAAGUUAUUUUGGAAUUUCAUUGUCAGACGGACAAAGAGUUUGUAUAGUGAACUGUAGCAAUACCUGACUCAUUCUGGCUCUUCUUGUUUCUUGCAAUAGGAGAAUGAACAAUACAUGUGUUUGUGUAUGACUAAAUCAUUGCUAUAAAUGUCAUUUAAAAAUGAAGAACACACUUUAUGGUCAAUAAUGUUGGUAUUGAGGGACAUCAUGUUGGAGAAAAGUAACUGUCAAUAAAUCAUUAAUCAAA